AGUUAGUUCACUCUCAGUUCCCUUCCCAUAAACAUCACGGAUAUCUGUUCCUUUGGCAUCCCAAAUUCUCACUUGCUCAUCAUUGGACCCUUAAUAGUGGGAUAUCAUCUCGCUCUAUCCAAGAAAAAAAAACCCUGGGCCCCUCUUCGACCUGGGUAAAUAAGUAAGGGGUUGUCAUCAUGGGUUAAAAAGUGAAUCCGUGCCGGGCAAUAAGAACAAUAAAUAAACAAAUUAAAUAUACAAAUACUACUCCGUGCUUAUUAUGUGAUAUCAAAAAUGCAAGUAAAUUUUAAAAAUUUGAAAAAUUUGUGAGAAUUUGAAAAUCACUUUCUGGGAUUGCCCACCGAAAAGUGAGACUUGUGACGUUUUGGAUUGUGUUUGUACACACGGGAUUGAUAACUUCCGUCUUAAUUUCCCUUUCGUUAGUGACAUACUGAAAGAUUGUGUCCAGGUCGUUUGUUCGGAACUGAUUAUUUUGUCAUGACCACAUGAAAAAUAUAGAACACGAGUGAUUGUGUGAGAAUUGCAAGUGGUUUGCGAGACAAUUGUCGAGUCGGUUGGUGGUUAGUUUGCAAUGUGAAGUGAAAUUGAAGAAGUUGGAUACAUUGACCCCAUAUGCAACCAAUGUUGUCUUACUCCCCAGAGCACAUUGCCUUCUUAAAACUCAACUCACCUUACUUAACAAUAAUAAUUCCCACUUGGUGAAGAGCCUGUUCUUCCUUUUAACACGUUUUUGAAACGUUCGGAAUUUUGAGAAACGUUAAAAAUUGUGAUUUUUACGUGAUUUUUUACCACCCAAAUUUCCGUGAUUUUUGUACCUUAUAGAAAUAAUCCUAUCUGGAAUUAAAAGUGUGUGACAGGGUGGAUGAUGUGAAAAAGUGCAGGACAACAUUUUUUUCCGUGUACAUAUAUUUCCAUUCAUGAAUUUGAAACUUCACUAAUUCCUGCCCAUGGUUGUUUCAUGGAAUCUGAUGGAUUCGUCUCAAGAAUAAUUGUGAAGAGUGUUGACGUGUGUUUCUCAUAUGGUCAAAAUUAUUGACGAAAGUUUGAUAAAUUUAUCAUUUUUGUCUAAACUGAGACUCACCUUGAUCAGUGUUGGUAGGUAGGUAGGCGCAUAGGCUAUUAUUAUUAUGGUGACUGCUACCUCGGCUCAUUAAAUUGUUGCCUGUACACACACACUGCAGUGCUCAGUCACUCAAUUGCAUAUGUAUUGCUCCUGCUACCUGUGUUAUUGAGGAUUGGAUUGACUGAAGGGAAGGCCUGAGCCUUGCCAUUGCAUUCUAUUCAGAGAAGAAUUACAUUACCGUAGCCAAACAAUUGCUCGCUUAUAACUCGACAUAUGCAAGUGAAAGUGUCUCGAGUCUGUCUCAUCAUUUGUAUUGGAGUUGUGGUGGUGGUGGUGGUGGAGAGAUACGCGUUAAAUAAUCACUCGUUGGAUUAUUAUUGAGUGACUGAAAGGAAAUACAUAUACGUUACUUUCGAAGAACUCUUCGCCCGAGACCGGGAUGUAAACCCAAAGCCAGCCAGUCUACCCUCUGAUUCACCAAUAUGAAAGAAACCGAUCAGGACGACAGCUCCGGGACCCUGCCGGAGUGACCACCCCUCAUCCAUCACAGUAAAAGGACAACAAGUAUCCACUCCAAGCCAAGAGGGAGAGAUAGAGAAGGAUAACAUCUUUGCUACGAGUGGGCGAGGCAAGAAAUCAAAGUGGACAUCAACAUAGAAGCGAUGUCCUUGUCGUGUUCUGGAGCCCCGCGUGGGUUUCAGGACUCUGACGACAUGGCCUUCAUCGACGAGGACUUGCUCUGGUGCUCUGACAACGACAGCAAACUCAUGGACCUCUCCUGCCUCGAGGGUGGUCCAGGAGGAGGAGGAGGUCUCGUCUCGAGCAGCACCGGCUUCACCAGUGCAGGCGGCGGUGGAGGGAACAAUCACGGGUCCAGCAACAGUAGUCACCAUCCUUUGGGCCCAUUCCCCUCCAACCACCACCACAGUCACCAUCAUCUUCGCUUCCCCAAUGUGACCAACAAUACCGUGAGCUCUACAAGUGGACCUGUCGUCAGUUCAAGCUCAUCCCCACCAUCCAGCGUCUCCCCCCAAGCCGCGUCAUCCGCACCCGCCUUCAACUUCAUGAACAAUGGAGGAGGCGGCGGCGGUGGCGGUGGUGGAACUGGUCACCCCGAGUCUGGAGAUGCACCCGAACUCCCCACGCUCUCCCAAUUAUCGCAGGCAGAUCUGAACGGUCUCGUUUCCACGCUGGAUGACGACGAUGACGAUUGGGUCAAGCAAUUGGGUGACGAACCGUUCGAGCUGGACCCACUUUUAGAUGAAAUCCUAGAACCAAAUCGGGCGACAAAUCAUCCCAAUCACCCGUCCAACAACAGCAACAACAACGGGAUAAGCCACAGCAGUAACAACAAUCAAAGCCAACAAGGCCAACAGCAGCAACAGCAGCAGCAGCAGCAUCAACAGCAACCGACCGGUCAAAAUGGUCACUUUGGGAACAAUCCUCAUCACCACCAAUCCCUCCAGCAAUUCCUGGCAUACAGUCAGCAGAAUCAACAGCAACAGAAUAGCAACGGGACCAAUGGCAUAGAGAUGGAGUCAUCGCGACUUCAGAACGUACCACGAAGGCGUAAGAAGCCUCCAGAUUCUAAAAUGGGGAUGGAAAUCAGCUUAGAAGAAGCAGUCCCAAGUAUUCUUCAUCUCGCUCGAGCCUCUACUUCGAACAAUAACCCGAGCAGCGGAGGAGGAAAGAUGGGAUCCAUCUUGGCAAAUACGCUGUGUGGACCUCAUAAUGGACAACACAAUAAGGCAAACAUCGCAGCAGCCAACCCAAUACUUGCAGAAAAACUGGCCGCUCCAAUGGGACAAGUUUGUACGGGACGUCAUGGUGCAUGCGAGAUGGGACAACAGCAGCAGCAGCCGCAGCCCAGACAAAUCUCUCACCCAGAAAUUAAAGUUGACGGAAGUGGUGUGGGACUGAGUGGAUUGUUGGAAUUGGAGAGUGGAUCUCCAGGAAGGCAAAGCACACUUCUUCAGGGUAUCCUGAACCAUCACCCACUCCCACUGCCCCACCGACUCCCCCCGUACAACCACAACUCCACAGGUUCACUUCCGCCAAGCCCAGCAGACAGCGGAGUGUCAGAUGUGGACUCUAGCAGCAGUGGUCACACGUCGAAUGACGAUACCAAAGGUCGACUCCAGCCCACUCCAGGAACCCAGACGCCGGAGAGUCCAAGUCCCGGAGGAUACCUCGGGUCACCCUACUGUCAGCUCCCAGUGCGCCACCCAUACUCACUCAACAGGCAACAUCAACCAGAUGGUGGAUAUCCAUUUGGUGGGGUGUCCGGACAGUACUGUGACCUCGCGAACGGGGGGAACUACCAUCACUUGGGAGGGGGCCAGCAUGCGGCCAUGCUCAACGCCACAAUCAGUCACUUGGGCUCUCAUCAUGGGCACUACGGACAUCACCCUCUGCUUGGGGGACCUCUUGGUCACACCCCUUCUGCCACCUCCACCAACACUUCCUCGCCCAGCUCCUCUUCAUCCAUGGAGGAGUUUUACCUGGCUGAGCUGGGGUUCCCUCCGAGGAUCAAGAAAAAGUCGAGAAAGCCCAAAGGCAUUGAUCAAGGGCCGAUGAAGCGCAAGAGUAGAGAGGGCUCGACGACGUACUUGUGGGAGUUCCUGCUCAAACUGCUCCAAGAUAAAGAGUACUGCCCACGCUACAUUAAGUGGACGAAUCGUGAGAAAGGGAUCUUCAAACUCGUGGACUCAAAAGCAGUGUCCAGGUUGUGGGGGCUUCACAAAAAUAAGCCCGACAUGAAUUACGAAACAAUGGGACGAGCUCUAAGAUAUUACUACCAACGAGGGAUUUUGGCAAAGGUAGAUGGACAGCGUCUCGUCUACCAGUUUGUGGACGUUCCAAAGGACAUCGUGGAGAUCGACUGCACUGGAGCCUGAGUCCACUACACUGUUGGUGUUGACUGUGCAUCCAAAGCAUGCUACCUUUAACCAUAAUUAUUUGAAGAAAGAAACAAUCAGUCACUCAAUCACACCUCAGCUAAUCAUCUCGGAAACAAUCAGACCCCUUUUUUGUGCAUGAUAUAUACACAUACUUAGAGUAUAGAGAGAGUCCUUUGCCCCACAACCCUCAACCACCCCCUCCGAAAACCCUCGUCCCCAUCUGUACAUACUCUUUUAAAUAGUCGACGACGACAUCAUCAUUCAUACAACAACCAUCGAAUCGAAGGAAACAUUCAAGGCUGAAAUCAACAUAAAAACUACAACUACUUCUACACACACUCCUUCCCUCCUUUACAUCUCCUGCAAAUACCAUUGGACUCGCGAGUUAUCAAAAAUAGAGAGAAAAUUAUAAAAAAAUCACUCAUCCAUUUUACGGUCACUGCUGCGCCACAACGACGCCGAUCACGACGACGACGAUUCCACACACACCAAGUUCAAAAACGGUUUCGAGUGAGAUGGAAGUAUAUUUAUUAGCAGUGAGACAUUGACGGUUGACCACUUUAUAAAGUCUACACAUAUAUAGAGCUACUCUUCGUCUACUGAAUAUAUACGACUGGAAAUUCAAAGUACAGAAUUACUUACAAUUAAACUACUAAUUAUUCGUAAAUAAAUAAAUAAAUCGCUAGGUUAAUAAGAAAUGUAUGGAGAUGAAUUAUUAACUCUCAGAGUGGAGAGCAAUUCACGUUGGCUAAGGUUAGUUAUUAUUGCAAAUUAUUGAAAUAUAUAUGAGUGUAUAUACAUACAUACUUAUAAAGUAUACCUAUUGUCCAAACAGGUUUGUUCCGCUCGAUAAAUGUACAACUAAACAAUACACAUGCACACAAUGUUUAUAUUUAGACAGGUUUUACGAUUAUUUUAGUGGUUUCAGAUAACACAUAAUGUCAUUAUAUUAUGUCUCUAGUACAUACUUAAAUUGAGCAAGGAGGCGAAAUGAAGGAGAAAGGGACGAGAUAUAUAGCUUUAGCUUUAACCAAACCCAGCUUUAGAUUUUCAAUUAAUUAAUUGUCCUGCUGAACUAGUUAUUAAAACGUAAUAUAGUUGGUAAUACUUGGUAAAGAGCAAAUGAGAAGAGUGCGAAGACCGUGUGGUGUUGUCCGGUGGUCUCUCUGCGACGCGUCCUUGGUGGCGUGGUCCAAAAAUGGGAGCCAAAAAUGUAAACUCUUUUGACUCUUCUACAGAGGAAUCGGAUUGAUAUGUACCUUAUACAUUCGCUAAUCGGUCGUCACUUGCAUGAUUCGAUUAUGAUUAUUAUUAUUGUUGUUAUUAUUAUUGUCAUCACUAAAUGUUCUGUCCUUUCUCCUUAAUGUUUGUUCUAGUUUUGUAUUCCGUAGUUUUUCUCUUCUUCAUUGUACUAGAAAUCUUGUGGUCUUCUAACUUGCAAAAAUUAUACAAGCUAAAUAUUUUGUUGUUUGAGAUAACUAACUCUCUUUCUUCUUUGUGAAGUGCGACGACUAAAAAGAAUGCCAGAUUUUUAGACUAGUUUUUAGAUAGGUUCAUAGUUUAGAGUAGAGAAUGCAAUAAACACAAGGAGUGUGUGAAUGCGUGUAUCAGUCCCAAAAAUCCAGUCGAGUCGCAAAACAAAUAACUUUUAGAUACUAAUAAAUAGCUAUACGGAAAUUUAGUUGUAAGGAUAUUGUCUAGUAGAUGUUAUAUAAUUGUAGAGAUGAUGUUCGUCCUUGUUUCUCUCCAUAUUCAUUCCCUUGGUUCCCUGUACUCGUAUAACUAUGUACAAAACUACGUAUAAACAUAUAUGAAACCUCAUUUUCCAUGUUGUGUAGGGAUAUAAAUUAAUUGUAACAAUGUUCAACAAGAGGAAACUACAAGAAUAUGUAGACGGCGACAAAAAUGCGGAACAAAUCUCCCUCACAAGUUCUUCUGUCCCGUGUCGUCGGUCAAAAUCAUCAUCAUCUUGCUUGACGAGUAUUCUAAGGAGGGAUCUUGACAAGUCGGAAUUAUUUUAAAAUUUAUAAAACUAUUUAAGGAAUGAAAAUGUGAAAAAUGAUCUUGACGCUUUCCUUCGCUCGUGAACUUUAUAUACUUACUUACUUAUCGUGUCGUCAUAUUGUCAAUUUUAUGCUGAUUGUUAUACUUUUUAACGUAAGAGAGUCUAUAUAUUAUAUUUCGAGUACACUUUAAUGUAUUCAAGUACGUAUUGCUUUGUAAGAGACUUUUGUGUGUAAUUAAGCAACAAGUCUCCUUCGGAGUGUGAGAGAAACUGGUAAUUUUUUGAAUAAUUUCAAGACCUACGUGAACUAUAUGGUGAUUACAAUACUGAUACUAAUUACUAAUAGUUAAGAGAGCACUAUUCACGAAGAAAUUGAUUUGGUUUACAUACGACGACGACAGCGGCGACGAGAAAGGCAAUCUGAAUUUCAAAAUGGAUUCGAGGAUUUUAAUCAAGAAAAUAUCAAUUUCUUCAAUGCUAUAUACAACACACGCGUAUAGAAAUUUAUUGGUAUAUUAUUAUCCUUAUUUUACCAUUUAUUAUUAUUCAGUAAAACAUUUAUCAUUUAUUUCAUUACGAU